AUGGCUUCCGAUAUCCCCUCCUGCGGCGGAUCAAACGCUGGCCAACUCAAAGAAAAUACUAUCAUCGUCGUCCUCGGCGCUAGUGGCGAUCUCGCUAAGAAAAAGGUUACGUUUCCAGCUCUCUUCGGAUUGUAUUUCAACGGAUUUUUACCCCAUGGUACCCAGAUAAUUGGCUAUGCAAGAUCAAAGAUGAACCAAGAAGAGUUUCACAAACGAGUCUCUCAAUGUAUCAAAGCACCCAUACCGGCGAUGAAGCAAAAAUUGGAGGACUAUCUGGCCAUCUGUAGCUACGUGGAUGGUCAAUACGACCAAGACGCUUGCUUUCAAAAACUAGAGGAGGUCAUCAAGGAGAAGGAGAAAGCCUUCAAAGGCUCUGACCGUCACAGAAUCUUUUACAUGGCCCUACCUCCUAGUGUUUUUAUCGACGUUGCAACCGGGCUGAGGAAGAAUAACUACUCCCCCAAUGGCUUCAAUAGGAUCGUCGUCGAAAAACCUUUUGGUAUGGAUCUUCCGACCAGCCGUCAGCUGAUGGGAAGCCUCAAGGCUCUGUGGAAAGAAGAAGAGACUUUCCGGAUCGACCAUUACCUCGGAAAAGAAAUGGUCAAGAAUCUCUUGGUCUUAAGAUUUGGGAAUGUUAUCUUGGAUGCUUCUUUCAAUAAGAACUUGAUCUCCAACGUUCAAAUCACUUUCAAGGAACCCUUUGGAACCGAAGGCCGUGGAGGUUACUUUGAUGAGUUUGGAAUCAUUAGAGAUGUGAUGCAAAACCAUCUACUUCAAGUCUUAUCUCUAUUGACAAUGGAGCGACCAGUCUCUUUCUCGGCUGAAGACAUCAGAGAUGAAAAGGUCAAGAUCCUAAGAUUCAUCCCCCCUAUUCAACGGGAGCAAUCUCUCCUAGGGCAGUACGCCGCCGCAGGCGACAAGCCAGGUUACUUGGAUGAUGGUACAGUACCCAAGGGCUCCAUCUGCCCUACCUUUGCCGCAUUAGUUCUCUACAUCAACUCCCCUCGUUGGGAGGGGGUACCUUUCAUCCUGAGGGCCGGUAAGGCUCUAAACGAACAAAAGACAGAAAUUCGGAUUCAGUAUAAGGAUGUCACACAAGGAAUCUUCAAAGACAUUGCCAGGAACGAGCUUGUGAUCCGAGUCCAGCCGGGGGAAGCAGUCUAUCUGAAGAUGAACGCUAAGACUCCCGGAUUGGCUAUGAAAUCAGUCUCGACAGAAAUGGACCUGACUUACAAAAGAAGGUUUAGCGACUUGAAAAUUCCCGAGGCAUACGAAGCCCUGAUCUUGGAUGCCAUCAAUGGAGACCGAUCAAACUUUGUUCGAGAUGAUGAGCUGGAAAUCGCAUGGAAAAUAUUCACGCCAUUGCUACAUUACAUCGAUCAGGAAAAGCCAAAGCCUGAACCCUAUCCUUAUGGCUCGCGCGGUCCCGAAAGCUUGGACUGCUUUAUCACAAAACAUGCGGGAUACAAAAGAUUUACACAGGGGUACAAUUGA